AUGUCGUUCCUUGGUGGCGCCGAGUGCUCUACAGCCGGAAACCCGCUGACGCAGUUUACAAAGCAUGUCCAAGAUGACAAGUCCCUGCAACGUGAUCGCCUCGUCGGACGCGGUCCGGGAGGCAUGCAGGAAGGCAUGCGGUCUAGAGGAAUGAUGGGUGGUCAAGAUCAGAUGAUGGACGAAUUCUCUCAACAACCCGGCCAACUACCGGGCGCUAGCCCUCAGCCCUUCGCCAUGGAACAACUCAGACGUGAACUGGACCAGUUCCAGAACGCACCCCCGCGGACAGGAUCUCCGGGCUGGGCGGCGGAGUUCGAUGCCGGUGAGCAUGCACGGAUGGAGGCCGCCUUCAAUGGGUCCCAAGGUUCGAUGAUGAACGCCCCCGCGGGAUUCAACCCGGCCGAAUUCGCCCGGUUCCAACAACAGAGUCGAACUGGCAUGCCCCAAGCGGCUCACCCGUCCGUCGCCUCCGCCCCGUCCCCGAUGCUGGCUGGUUACCAGCGACCUAUGGGCUACAUGGGCAUGGGGGGUAUGGGGAUGAUGCAUCAGAACUUCGGCCCGAUGGCCAUGCACCAGCAGCAGCAACCGGCCGAGGCCGUCACGCAGGACAAAGGCAAGGGGCGGAUGGUGGAGCUCGAUGACGAGAACUGGGAGGCGCAGUUCGCGGAGAUGGAAACGGCGGAUACCCAGACGCUGGACGAUGCGGCCAACGCAGCCAUGGAGGCAGAGCUGAAUGAGCUGGACAGGUCAGUCCCCACCACCACCUCCACCACCACCACCACCACCACUACCGCCAUCGAGGAGAGUUUCGAUGCGUUUGAAAACGUGUGGCAAAGAGUUCAAGCUGAGGCGGCAGUAAACAGGAAACUGGCGGAGGGUGAGACCGAUUUCAACAUCGACGAGAACCUUCACAUGGGCGAUAUGGGUGACUGGGAUGGAUUCGAGACCCUCAACACGCGGUUCCGCAACCCGCAACUAGGCGAGUACCUGUUCGAGGAAGACAAUGUUUUCCAGAAUGUCAACAACCCAUUCGAAGAAGGUGUCAAGAUUAUGCGGGAGGGUGGCAACUUGUCUCUGGCUGCGCUGGCCUUCGAGGCGGCGGUCCAGAAGGACCCGCAGCACGUACAGGCUUGGACGAUGCUGGGGACCGCGCAGGCCCAGAACGAGAAAGAAUUGCCCGCGAUCCGAGCUCUGGAGCAAGCCCUGAAGAUCGAUGCUGGCAACUUGGAUGCGCUCAUGGGUCUGGCCGUCUCUUACACCAAUGAGGGCUACGAUUCUACCGCCUACCGUACUCUGGAGCGCUGGCUCUCCGUCAAGUACCCGCAGAUCAUCAAUCCCAAGGAUGUAUCCGAAGACGCUGACCUUGGGUUCACGGAUCGUCAGCUGCUCCAUGACCGGGUCACCGAUCUCUUCAUCCAGGCUGCUCAACUGUCUCCGUCGGGUGAGCAGAUGGAUCCGGACGUGCAGGUGGGUCUGGGUGUUCUGUUCUACUGCGCAGAAGAGUACGACAAGGCGGUCGACUGCUUCUCGGCUGCGCUGGCCUCGACGGAGUCUGGAACCACAAAUCAGCAGGAGCAGCUGCACCUACUCUGGAACCGCCUCGGUGCCACGCUGGCCAACUCCGGUCGGUCCGAGGAGGCCAUCGAGGCGUACGAGCAGGCGCUGAACAUCAACCCCAACUUCGUCCGGGCUCGCUACAAUCUGGGCGUUUCCUGCAUCAACAUUGGCUGCUACCCGGAGGCCGCGCAGCACCUUUUGGGCGCUUUGUCGAUGCACCGGGUCGUCGAGCAAGAGGGUCGGGAACGGGCGCGCGAGAUCAUCGGCGGCGAGGGAGGCAUUGCCGACGAACAGCUGGAACGCAUGCUCCAUGUCAGCCAGAACCAAAGCACCAACCUGUACGACACGCUGCGGCGGAAAAUAAUGGCUGCCGUCACCGGUGCCCAGAUCAUCGCCCGGACGCUGCGCGAUCUCGGCAUCACCGUGAUCUUUGGCAUCGUCGGCAUCCCCGUCGUGGAGAUCGCCGAGGAGGCCAUCAAUUUGGGCAUUCGAUUCGUGGCCUUCCGCAACGAGCAGGCUUGCAGCUAUGCCGCCAGUGUUUAUGGAUACAUGACCGGACAACCCGGUGUCUGUCUCGUCGUGGGAGGACCGGGCGUUCUCCAUACUUUGGCCGGGAUAGGCAAUGCAACCGCCAACAACUUCCCCUUACUGGUGCUGGCCGGUUCGGCCGAGACCACCGCAAUCACCAAAGGCGCUUUCCAGGAACUCGACGCCAUCUCCUUCCUGACGCCACACACCAAGCUGGCGGUGCGCGCCUCCUCGCUCGACUUCAUCCCGGGGGCGGUGAAGAACGCCUACCGGACCUGCUGGUACGGUCGUCCGGGCCCGACCUUCGUCGACCUGCCCGCCGACAUCAUCCAGGGUCGCGCAACCGCUGCGGCGGACUACCAUCGGCUGCUGCUGCCUCCGCCGGAGACCAUGCGGGUGCCCGCGCCGCCCAAGGCCAGCGGCGACCCGGCGCUGAUCCUCAAGGCGGCGCAGUUGCUGAAGACGGCCCAGGCGCCGCUGCUGGUGGUGGGGAAGGGGGCCGCGUACGCGCGGGCCGAGGCCCAGCUGCGCCAGCUCGUCGACCGCACGGGGCUCCCUUUCCUCCCGACCCCGAUGGGCAAGGGGGUGUUGUCGGACUCGCACGCGCGCAACGUGUCGAGCGCGCGCAGCGCGGCGCUGAAACACGCGGACGUGGUGCUCGUUCUCGGCGCGCGCCUCAACUGGAUCCUCCACUUCGGCGAGGCGCCCAAGUGGUCCCCCACGGCCAAGAUUAUCCAGGUCGAUCUGUGUGCCGAGGAGAUCGGGCGCAAUGCCGGCGCCGCGGAGCUGGGCAUCGUCGGCGACAUCUCCUUGGUCGUGGGCCAGCUGGUCGCCGCCCUGGCGAAUUGGCGCUAUGCUCCGGUUGCUAGUGCUGGUGGGGCCUCUGACAAGACCUUCCUGGACGUGCUGGAUGCAUCGAUCAAGAAGAAUACACAGACCGCGGCCCAGGCGGCCAACCGCCCGACCCCGAAGGAUGCCCCGAUGACGUACCAGCGGGCCUUCCACCUGAUCAAGUCGACGCUGGACGAGCUGACUCACAAGGCAGGCAGCGACGUGGUGUAUGUGUCCGAGGGCGCGAACACAAUGGACAUCUCGCGGUCCAUCUUCAGCGUCGACCACCCGCGCCAGCGACUGGACGCAGGGACCUACGCGACGAUGGGCGUGGGGAUGGGGUAUAUCGCCGCGGCGCAUGAAGCGUACAACGCGAUGCCCGGUGCAGCAUCAGGAGCUUGCUCCCCGUCGAAGCCAAAGAAAAUCGUCGCCUUUGAAGGCGACAGCGCCUUCGGGUUCAGCGCCAUGGAGAUCGAGACCCUGGCGCGGUACCGCAUCCCCGCGCUGAUCUUCGUGGUCAACAACUCGGGCAUCUACCACGGGGACACGACCUCGGCGGCCGAGUGGACGACGCUGCAGGUUCAGACGGCGCGGAAUGAUACCAAGGCGAGCGGGGAGGGGACGCGGGGCCUGCGGUCGACCAGUCUGCUGUAUGAGACCCGGUAUGAGAUGUUGGCGACCAUGUGCGGCGGCCGGGGGUUCUUUGUGCGGACGGAGGAGGAGCUGGUCGAGGCCACGCGACAGGGGUUCGCGAGCGAGCAGGUCACGGUGGUGAAUGUCAUUGUCGAGCCGGGGAUCGGCAAGAAGAUUGGGUUUGCGUGGCAGAAUAAUGGUGAGCGUGAGCGUGAGCCCCAGGCGAAACUUUAG